AUGGAGUACGUCGCCACGGGGGGCGUCUCCAAUCGCGGCAGCCCGCUGGAGUACCGCUGCACGGGCGAACAGGCGGAGGUGUUGCCGCUGUCGAUUCGCGUGCCGCGCAACGUGCUGGGCGCCCAGCCGCGGCACUCCUUUGACUACUGCGUCACGGGCAGCUACUCGCUGCUCGGCCUGGGCGACAUCAUCAUCCCCGGCAUCAUGGUCGCCUACUGUGCGGCUUUUGAUCGCAUUCGCGCCGUCCGCUACCACCAGUACUUUGCCGCCGCAUCGGUGGGCUACGCCGCCGGCCUCAUGCUCUCCUAUGUUGCUCUUAUCACCAUGCAAAUCGCCCAGCCGGCGCUGCUGUACUUGGUUCCGACGACCACUAUUUCCGUCCUGCUAGUGGCGCUCAUUCGCAAGGAGGUACGCCCGUUUUGGAUGGGCCCAGAGGCGGCGGCCGCCGCGCUGAUCGACUCUGGCCUGAAGCCGAUUGCUGCCGGAGAGGACACCUCGUCGGCGGAGUCUUCGUGA